AUGAAUAGAACGUGGCUAUUGCUGACGUGGCUAUUGCUACUCUGUGGGACAGUUCAAGGGAACCAAGAAACCAUAAAUCAAAAAUAUCACGAUGUCUGUUCAGGAAUGUAUUCCAAGGAGGAUUUCAAUGGAAAAGUGGACCCCUUCAUAUCAUUUACGUUAGAGGAACUGUCACUUGCUGAAGAAGACGAUGAUGGUGAGGGGGUUAGUGUUGCUGUGUUUGAUUUCCAAGAUUAUGAGCACAUUGGUGUGCGGUUACCCAAUGGGGAAAUUCAGUAUAUUUGCGAUGACUACGCAUUGGAUUUGGGCCUCUGUGAAGCUUCAUCCGAGGGGCAAUUUAUCAUUCAAGAGACGGCUAUCGACCCAUUCACCAGUAAGGAACAUAAGUUAACCAGUCAAAUUUUGACUUUUACUCAACAAGAAUUGGGCACGAACGAAAAGACAUACCCAAUAAAUAAAACUGGCUACUAUUGUGUGACCACGUCGUCUUUCAUUUCUUCCAGUUCCAAGUUUAGGGCCACGGUGAAUUUUAGGAACGCUUACGGCCAAUUAGAUGCUUCAGAGGCAUACAAGAUGCCUAUUUAUGCCUUUUUGGCCGUCGCUUAUGCCAUCUGUACGCUAGCGUACUCUUGGUUAUGUUGGAAGCAUAGACACGAAUUACUACCUUUACAAAGAUACAUCUUAGUAUUUUGUAUCUUCCUAACAGCUGAUACUAUUUUCGUCUGGAUGUACUAUAUCAUUGAGAAUCAGAAGGGAAACUCUAGCGUGGCUCUUCAUGUAUAUAUGGUUUUCAUAUCGAUCUUUAGCGCUGGCAAGAUGACUUUCACACUUCUCCUCGCCUUGCUGAUAUCUUUCGGUUACGGUAUAGUGUAUCCAAAACUGGACCGUACAUUGCUAAGAAAAUGUCAGAUAUUUGCGGUAUUCACAUUUGCAGUAUGGGUUGCGUUCUUAAUCCAAAAAUAUUCCCAAAAUUCCGAGUCUUUAUCCAAUUUGAUUUUGAUUACUGCUAUCCCCUUAGUACUAUGCCUAUUCGCUUUCUAUUAUUUGACCCUUUCUUCAAUGAACAAAACGAUGACCUAUUUAAAGGAACAAAAUCAAGUGGUCAAAUUAAACAUGUACAGAAAAUUGAUCAUAUUGAGUUACAUUUCGUUGUUUAUACUAUUUUUGGGCUUAUUGGUCUCUACUUUUGCGUACAUUGGGAUGGACACGGUUGACAUGAUAGAACAAUAUUGGAAAACAGAAUUUCUCAUCACAGAUACUUGGCCCAGUUUUGUUUAUUUCUUGGUCUUCGUCGUUUUCGCAUUCUUCUGGAGACCUACAAGUACAUCCUAUUUACUGGCGUGCUCGCAUCAAUUACCAACUGACUUGGAAAAUGUAUCAGAAUUCGAUUUGGAUGAUAUAAAUUCUUUAUCUGAUGAAGCACCGCCUAACAGGGAACCACGCAAUGACUAUCAAGAACACGAUCACAACAUGGACAUUGAUUUAGCGUCCGAUUUUGAAGAAGUACCAAGUGUUAAUGCAAACAUGGACGCAAAUAAUGACGUAUUGUUCGACGUAGAUUACGAUAGGGACACAAAAAAUGAUAGACAUGCUACAUAA